AAGAAAUUGAAUAUCAAAAUGGAGAAUUUUCCAAUUCUCAUGAUAAAGAAGGGAAUGAUGCUAAAGCUCAAAAUCUUGAGAAUGGUAUCGCUGAGAAAGCCCUAAACUUUAAAUCAAGUACUGAUAAAGAAAAUUUAAUUACUGACUAAGAUGGUUAUUGCUACUCUCCCUCAAUUAAUGAACUCAAUGAGCUAUCUUUAAUGAAGUUACUUUCAGUUGAAAGUUUCACUACUGGGCGUGAAGGAUAUGGUAAAAUCGAGUUUAAAGUUCCUGUUGAUCUUUCUGUGUUUUUAUCAUAUUCUGAGAUUACUAGAAACAGAAUCGUAUUCAAUAAACAAGCAUGUAAUGUUUAUUCAAAUGAAGAUGAAAAACCACCUGUGGGUGAAGGAUUUAAUAUUCUUCCAAGAGCCACCCUUGAGAAUUGUUUUCCAGUUUUGAACAAAGAAAUCAUUACUGAUCGAACCCAUCCAAUUGUCAAACCCCAUAUUACCAAAUUACAUUCUAUGAGCAACUCCAAAUUCGAAAGUUAUGAUGCAGAUUCUGGUGUUUGGUCUUUUUCAAUUGAACAUGUCUAGAACAAAUUUCAAGUUAUUUUGUUUUUCAUUCUCACAUUUCCAUUUUCCGUUUCUCAUUUUCCAUUUCUCAUUUUCCAUUUCUCAUUUUCCAUUUCUCAUUUUCCAUUUCUCAUUUUCCAUUUCUCGUUCUCCCUAUUGUUCCUAUUGUUUCUGGUGUUCCUAAUGUCUCUUCAAUUACUUAUUUCAUCGAUACUCCCUGUACUCUUUUUAUACUUUUCUUGUUCUUUUAUUGUAUAACAUACAUAUCAGUAAUAAAUAGAUCCGUAGCGAUAUAUUCAUAUAGCGAUUUAAUUAUUUGUUUGUUUCUUGAUAUACUUAUAUAGCCACAUAACAUAUACUUAAUAAACAACCCCCUAUCCAAU